ACUUUGUGGUUGUCAAGAUAAUCAACGUCUUUUCACUUUUAAAAAUUUAAGUUUUGGACAUUUACAUCUUAUAAAGGUAGAUGUUUACAUUCAUUAAUUCACUUUAUUAAGGUUUCAGUUGUGUUUCCCAUUAAAAACAUUAAUCUUCAUUGGCAGAAAAGAUGCCACACAAGCUAGCGUUCAAGGUGACCCAUGCGUCAGGACAGGAUGAGGUCCACAGAGCCUCAGAACUCAACUACCACAGCCCUCUCACCAAGGGAUGGCAGUCUGCAAGAUACUGCCUGUACCCCCAGGACAUUGUGGUACAGUUAGAGAAGAGGUCUCGACUUCGCAAGAUACAAGUCCUCUCACAUCAAUACCUCAUAGCAACAAGAAUUGAGUUCUUUGUUGGAGAUGUGCCUGACGGUAUGCCUGUGGACCUGGACAAUGCCAGAUAUACUAGGCUGGGCUAUGUGUCUCUCUCGGACAACGAGAAGACUGGUUUCAAGGCCCGGGAGCUCAAGUCAGUCCAGGUGGACGCAGUGGGGGUGUUCCUGAAACUGAACAUCCACAAGAACCACAUCAACAAGUACAACAUGUACAAUCAGGUCGGUCUGGUUGCCGUCAACGUCAUCGGAGAUAAGGUCCAGAAAGGGCUUGACGCCUUGGAUGAACUUGAUUUGUUCAGUGAAAGGAAGAAGGUGUUAGAUGAUCCAAGUUUGGAGGGGCUCUAUGACAGACCUGACUAUAUAUCCCCGUUAGACGACCUGGCCUUUGACAUGUACCAGGACCCAGAGAUAGCGCAGAUUAUCAGGAAACUGGAGAAGAAGAAACAAGAGGCAGUCCUUCAGGAAAGAUACGAAUAUGCCAAGAAAUUGAAACACACGAUACAGGAGUUGCAAAAGGUUGGAGAGAAGCUGGGCAAGUAUGAGGUGGAGAAGCGGCAGGCGGUCGAGAAUGAGGAUUAUGACAAGGCAAAGCUGAAGAAAGCCCAGAUGGACGAGUACCGACUGCAGAUUUACAGGGACCUCAAUGUGCAUGACCUUAUGGAGACCACAGGGUCAAGACAUCCUCAGAAGAUUGAUCUUGAGUCCAUACGUCAUCCUGCCUCCUCGCCCCCUCUGUUUGACCUGCCACGAACCCCUCCCAGCCCUCCUCCAAGGACACCCUACGAUGAACGUGUCCUCCCUGCGGUGAAAAGUCAGGUGGGUCACAGCCCAUUAAGUCCGCGAACGCGAACACCGUACGAUGAGCGCCCUCUACCAAUACAUAAUCGGGAGCCAGCUACCACAGACAACGCUGACAAUUCACCCCGCACCCCCUACGAUGAAAGACCUCUUCCUGUGGGGAAGAAAAUAGUUUCAGUAGUGGAGGAGGAGGUGGAGCCCCCACCCCCGGAGUCUGCAGGUGGAGGAAUCACCGGUGAACCGGAACCACUUUCGGAGAAGGACCUGCGGGAAGCCUCGGCAGCCAUUGACAUCUUCGGAGAACCAUUGGUGUCGAAAGCGUACUCCAAGACCUGGUCAUACCGCGAGGACGCCUUGCUAGCGGUGUACAAACAGAUGCAAGAACUGCCCACAUCAGGCAAGCAGGAGGCCAAGGAUAUGCUACGGGCCUCACUUCACCUCAUGAAGAGAGCAAUAGAUGAUAAAGUCUACGCAGUGUUCAAAGCAGGCUUGAUGCUGUUGAAGAUGAUUCUUACUGAGUACAUUCCAAAACACAAGUUACCGAAGUCCGACACAACAUUUACCUUGGAGAAAACCUUACCCAACCUCUUGCAUAAAAGUGGAGAUACCGCGGUGAGAAAUCGCGAUGAUGCGAAGAAUUUCAUCCUAGAGUGCGCGAGCAUGUCUGAAGUGAAGCCUACUAUGGUUGUACCUCACGAAUGCGUGAAACCAUGGAAAGGUAACCCUGCUCCACGGCUGGCUCAGAGUAGAGGGGAAAUCGUGGAAACGCUUUACGAACAACUUGGCAUUAAGGAUUCAAAAAGCGGUCUCACAGUGGACAACAUGAUGAACUUCUGCGUGGUGGCCUUGAAUCACACAUCAGCAGAUGUCAGGGUUGUGGCAGAGAGGAUAGUGAAAGCACUAUACAAGGAGGUGGGACAGCCUGUGAAAGACUACCUGCCUGCAGAUGAUGAGAAAUCCAGGAAGAACACCAUGUGGAGACUCCUGUUUGAGUACUUUGACAAGAUUGAUGGCAAACCUAGCAAGUCAGAUGUCAAGAGACAGAAGGCAGAUGAGGAGGCGAGAAAGCAGCAGGAGAUAGAGGGCCUGCAGAGACAGCUCCAGCAGCUCAAGGACAUGGCGUCAGGCAAGGCUCCAGUAGAUGAAAGUGUUCUGGAGAAAAAGCCAGCAGUAAAGGGAAAAAUUAAAAACAAUAAGAAGCCAUUGACCAACAAGCCGAAGAGCAACAAACCAGUAACAAAAGGAGAUGAGGGGGAUGAAACCUCCGUCUACAAUAUGGAUAAUAUAUGUAUAUUCUGUGGAGAAAAGAACCCAACUUUCACAGAGGAAGGCUUGGAUCUGCAUUAUUGGAAGAACUGCCCCAUGUUGAAACGGUGUGCCAACUGUAAACAGGUGGUAGAGAUAGCCAGCUACACAGACCACCUGCUGACAGAGUGCGAGGCUAAGGCCAACUAUGCCAAGUGUCCGCGCUGCACGGAGGCCAUCCCUAAACCUGAGCAUGAGGGUCACGUGGCAGAGAAGGCCUGUAAUGCUGCCAAGGCAGGAACCAACCACUGUCCGCUGUGUCAUCAGAAUCAUACGUCCGGGGAAGAUGGUUGGAAGAACCACCUCAUGGGUAAAGAUGGCUGCAAGCAAAACCCUCGACGUCUUCUGGCACUUAACAAACAGCCCCCAGCAGGAAAAGCUGGAGCAACCACUUCCAGAGCAAAGCCUGCACCUCGACUUCCUAAGAAAACUCCACGAUAAACUUUGUGGAUAGCGGGAGAAAGAAAUAGUAUUGAGCAUGUCUCUGUGAAAAUGGGGCUAAAUGUAUGUGCUUAGUGUCGUCCCAGAUUAGCAGUCAUAUUGUGCAGGUCCACACUGUCUCAUUAGGGAGGAGACUGUCUGUUCUUUUUGUUUUAAAAAAUACUUUUUUUUAACAAAAAUUUCCAUUAAAGCGAAAACUGUCUGCGCUGAUAAGCCUGUGUGGACUGCACAGGCAACUCUGGGACAACACUUUACGAUCAUGCUUUAAGCCCCAGUUUCCUUAAGUGGGACUCUACUAUGAAUCUGUAUGAUUUGUACAAGUUCAAUUUAAUAAGUGUAUUGCACACAACAUGCUGAUAGUAAAAUAUUCUUUGUUUUAGCUAUAGAAUAAGACUUUAUGAAUUGACAUAAGAACAUAUAAGGGGAAGAAAACUUUGUGGACAUCGUAAAAGGAGAACAUACGAAAUAGUGCUGGAUUUGGGGGAGUGUUUACUGUUUGUUAUGAAUGCAUUAUAUGCAAGUGUUACUAAGUAAAAUGUUUAUGUAAUAGAAAGGGGAUUGUUUCAAAGGUUUCAAAGAUGAUUCCCUAAAUACAUGUACCAGUGUUUGAUAUGAAAUAGUGCUACAUAAUUGAGUGUUAUACAAAUAACCAUAUGCUGAUCUAUGCAAGGUUUUUGGUUUUAAAAUGUAAAUACAAAUAUUAGAGACCCGGGCGGCUUCAAAGACUGUUCCUUAAUAAUGAUAGUAUUUAUUUGCAUGGUUGUUUAUCGAAAGGUUCACUAUACAUCAUGAGGGAACAUUGGUCUGCAUGGCUUUUUUUCCUGUUUUUGUGAAGCGGCCUUGGUCCCCCCCCCCCCCCUCAUUUUGUAAAAAAAAUGAGUCUGGAACUGUUCAAAAUUGUGAAAAAAAUGAGUCACAAAAUUUAUAAAAUUUCAGUCGCCAACUUCUUGAAUUUUUUUUCAUUUGAGUUGUGAAUUUCCCAAACAUUGUAAAAAUUUGAGUCGCGAAUUUCCCAAAAAUGUGAAAAACGGCCAUUCUUACUAUAGGAAAAAUUCCCUGGUCCACCAAUAGACAGUCGGACCAGUGCAAAGCUUGUCCACAGGGUGGUAUAAUUAAUGGUUUAUCGCCUUGAGAGUUACUGUUCUUCAACUCGUGAAUUGUCAAAACAUGUAUUCAUGCCAUUGCAUACUGUAAUUCAAAUUAGAGUUAUUUGCUUGUGUAAAUUUUUCAUUUUUUGCCGUCGUUUAUCGCCAUUUUAGUUUUUGUGUAUUUAAGAAGUCCAUGUUUGUUUGUUAUUGAGAUUAGAGUAUCACUGUUAAAACUGCACCGGUAGAUUUGUUUAUGUCUCUAUUUUGCCUCAUAUAUGCUGUUAAUUGUGCUUCAUAGUUAGUCAAAAUAGCCAUGGUUGAGUUAUUAAAGCAUUUCCUCUUUAUUUAAAGGAUACCAUAUAAAGGUUCCUUCUCAAUCCAUUUACCUACAAAUAUUCCCAAUUUAAAGGUAAACAAGAAACAUGAAAAUGCUAAGAAUUAACGUUUUCAACCUUAACCUUAAGGUAUUAAUUUAUAAAUGCUCUGCAAUCCAAUGCUAGCUACAGGCACUCAUGAUUUGAGAACAAUAAACCCAUAAAGAUCGGAGCGUUAAAGAGGAAAGUUUUUUUUUAAUUUAAGAAACAUUGACCUUCAUCUUGAGCCCGCUGGUCCCAAAUGGUAUCUCAAGCUAGGUAUAACUGUAAUGAGAACUAUUUUGUCCACCAACAUUCAAACUCUUUCCUCAUAGAAAUACGUGAGUUGUGCAAUGAUUUUGGUUUUCGAUCAAUAGAUAUCAACAAAAUGCUUUAGGAGGCUUAUUGCUCAAAAGCAAAAAUGUUUUUGAAAAAUUCAAACAGACAGAAACAACUUUUAUUUACAUAUUAAGUUACUGUUAAACUGAAUUCAUGGCUACAUAGUUCAUGACUUACUUCAAUGCACUAAGCAUGGGCGUGGAUAAAUUAUUGUAUGUCAUAUAAGGACCAAAACAAUUUCUUUUUUACCUAGUUAGAUCAUCUCAACAGCAGUGUUCACCAUUUUUCUAAAAAAAAUGGUGUUAAGUUACAUAAAACUCUGCAAGCAUGGGUUAAGCUCCUACAAAGGUAGACGUGACGAUUGGAAGUUCUGGGGUUCGAUUCCCAUUCUGGGAGCAUUCUUUAGAUCUCUCUAACGACAGUAUGUACUGGUUCUUAACCCAGGAAAUGGACCUGAGAGCGUUUCAAUAAGCCCGGGGCUUUCAAUUCAAUCCAGCUAAAAUUAAUAGGUUUAAACUAACUUUCGGAAAGGAUCCUAUGGCAUUACAGAUAAGAAUGAACAUAAUUUUAUUUGUGAGCAUUUGAUUGUGUCGGUAACCUAAUAUAGAUUUGUUUAUUUGUAAAGCACUUUGUAAUAUAAAUCUUAGAGUUGUGUAUGCAUAGAUAAACUGAUUACUUUCAAGUAUAAAUCAUAUUUGGAGGUUUGAGUAUUGAAUCUGUGUGUAACAUUUCAAAAUUAUUGUUUUGGCUUAAUACAAGAAUGUUACUGAAAUAAAGUGUUUUCACAGUUAAUUAACAACAAUUUAUUUAAAAUAUUAAUUUUUGUUCUAUUGAUGUUGACGUGAAUUUAAAUUCAUCAUUUUAUACCAUUAUCAGUUAAAUUUUCAAUCCACGUGUAUGCAAAUGUAGUUCAGGACAUUGUCAUAAAUCUAUAUAAUAUAUGGAUAGUUUUGCACAUGUCUAUUUUAAUAAAAUUUACAUAAAAUA